AUGUUUGCAUCCUUUACAGAGAGUAGCAAUGAUACGACAUAUUUGUUUAACUCUCCUAAAUUGCAAUCGGGACUAAUGUUACAUGGUCUUUGACGCUAACGUCAUGUUCUGAACUGAAGAGGGACACCACAUAGCGUGGACAUUUCCCUUCCAUGUCAUUUUUGUAAACUUGUGCAGUGCGCGGAUUCAUUGUAACCACUCCCACUCGUGGCUGGUGGAAAAUUACCAGCAACAGGCUCACGAGUCAGGCGAUUGUAUUGUGGACUGUAUCUCCUUUACCUAAUGUAAACACGUUUCCUCUUUGUAAUCUCGUGUAGGUUGCACAGCACAGACUAGUGAAUUGCAAUGUCAUGAUCACAACAAAACAGCGUGAUGAGCUCCAUGCCAGCAGUUAUGACAGUGUUAGCAGAUCAUGCAGCGCAGCAGCUGCUAGACUUCAGCCAGAAACUAGACAUCAACCUGUUGGACAACGUGGUCAACUGUCUGUACCACGGGAUCGGAACACAGCAAAGGCUGGCUCAGGAGGUUCUGACCCAGCUGAAAGAGCACCCGGAUGCUUGGACCAGAGUGGACACCAUACUGGAGUUCUCCCAGAGCAUGAACACCAAAUACUAUGCUCUGCAGAUUCUGGAAACAGUUAUCAAAAACAAGAUGGAAGAUUCUACCCAGAAACCAGUGUGA